CUAUCCCUCACAUCAAUCAUCAAUCCCUCUCUCUCGUUUCCCACCACAAAAUCCAAAACCUUCUGCAACUCGCCCCAUUAUUUAGAAAAACCCCUCAAUAAAUCUUUAUCAUCGAACAAAUCGUUGCAGCCAUCCAAUUCCUUAUCCUAACCCUAUCACCAAUUCUGCGAAAGAAUUUUGGAAUUAUUCCAUCCCACCAUUAUGUUUUCCCAUUUCUGAAUGUUCAACAAUAAAUACCAACAGCCAUGGCAGCAGCCUACCCCCAUUUCCAAUUAUCUGAAACCCUAACCACGCCCGCGCCGCCGCCACCACCAAUGGUGACACCCGCCGCCUCGCUGCCGCCCCUCACGCAGGACGAAUUGAAGAAAAUCGCCGCCUACAAAGCCGUCGAGCACGUGCAAUCCGGCAUGGUCAUCGGCCUCGGCACAGGCUCCACGGCGAAGCACGCCGUCGACCGCAUCGCCGAGCUCAUGAAGCAGGGGAAGCUGGUCGACAUCGUCGGAAUCGCCACCUCCACCAAGACCUUCGAGCAGGCGACGUCGCUCGGCAUCCCGCUCUCGGAUCUCGACACGCAUCCGGUCGUCGAUCUGUCGAUCGACGGCGCCGACGAGGUCGAUCCGGAUUUGAACCUCGUCAAAGGCAGGGGAGGAUCGUUGCUGAGGGAGAAAAUGGUGGAAUCCGCGAGUAAGAAAUUCAUUGUGAUCGUCGACGAAUCGAAAUUGGUGAGCCACAUCGGCGGCAGCGGAUUGGCGAUGCCGGUGGAGGUGAUACCGUUCUGCUGGAGCCACUCGCUGGUUCGGCUGAAGGCGCUGUUCGCCGGCGCCGGCUGCGUGGCGAAGCUGAGGACGGAGGGCGGCGGGGAGGCGUACGUUAGCGACAACGGGAAUUAUAUAAUCGAUCUGUAUUUUGAGAGGGAGAUUGGGGAUUUGAAUGAGGCGAGCGAUAGGAUAUUGAGGCUGCCGGGAAUUGUGGAGCACGGGAUGUUUAUCGGGCUGGCGAGCUCGGUGAUAGUCGCCGGCGUUAAUGGCGUGACGGUGAAGACGAAGAAGAAGGGUGGCGAAUUAGGGAUCGAUUCUUUUAGCUACAGUGAUUUGAGGAACGGUUUUUAGGGAUUCUUAAAUCUUGAUAUUUUAUGAAUGAACGGAUAAAUUAACGAGUUUUUCUCUUUUUCA